UUCUAGGCGUCCUUGGAGUUCCAAGUGAAAACAUUCUGUGAUAUUUUGGCCCUGAUCCGACUUCCUAUUCUGCUUUAAAAUGCCCCGCACAGCCCUAAAGUGUACGGUAGAAAUAAAGAUACAUGCAGUAUCUUGUCCUGGGGUGUGGCUCCCAAAUAAGGAUGAUGUCUACCUCAGCGUUUGUAUGCUUGGCCAGCACAAGCGCACCCCCUUGGUUGACUCGGUCUUUCCACUCACGUUCCACACGGAGAUGAGAUUUGAUAAAGUAUUUUGGACUGCCGUUGAUCCAGCAGAUGUAAUGGAUAAAUUAGAAAGAGAACAUGUGUUUUUUGAGCUCAUCCAGUUAGACUUGCCAUCUGCUGGUACUAUUCUUGGUACUUAUGAAUGUAAUGCUAGAGAUUUCCUUUAUCCAUACCCACACCUGGCACCAAAAGCUGUGGCUGAUAGAGAUGUGCUGAUGGAAAAGACGGAUGACUUCCCACUUGGGCUUUCACCACGAAUAGAAUUUACAACAAGAACCUCGAUCAGAGAAACACCAACACCGUACACGGACUCAUACGAGACAUCAAUCACUGGACUCGAUGAUGUCACAAUCAGGGUGCCCAGAUCCAGAAGUAGAGCCAGGUCACCGUCACCCGUACUGUGUGAACGAUUUGAUGAUCUGAAGCUUCAAGACUUAGAUUACCAUGACGAUGACGUGAAGCCACCAUUUGUUGUACGCCAGCUUCAACCAAGUCUAAUUGGGCGUAAACCAGGCAGCGGGCCAUCGAGCACCUUCAAGUCUGAACAGCGCUUCAAGAGGAGUCAGAGCCCACGAAGACCAAGAUCUGUGUCUCCAUCCAGGAGAUCCAAAAUAACAAGAGUGUAUUGUCCACAUUGCCUGUAUCCCCACACCGACGCGAGCUGCACCGUCUGUCAGCUGUACAAGCGCUACACCGGCAAGACCUACUGGGGACACAGGUAUACCUAUCAUCCGGCGGGACACAGGCAUAUGACGACAAAGGUGAUUAAAUCUCCUCGUACAUUUGUUACAAGCGACUUGGAUUAUGACUACUUGGUGGAGGACACUCUCCCACGAGACCCGCUCAUGACUAAGCCAAUCAGACGAUCACCAAGCCCACCAUUCCUUCCACGAACACCUCUCAGGGACAGCUUUCACGACCGGCAUAUUGCUAAUCUCAUCGAUGAACGAGUGCAGAGGGCUAUUGAUAGGAAUAGGAUGGCUCGUUAUUCAUCCUUGUACGGUUCCCGAGAUCUCAACUACUCCACAACCAGUGUCGGCUUGGACUCCCUCGACCGCCUAGCACUCGAUUUGGACACCGCCCAAUACAGGAGGAGAUUAAGAGAACUUGACGACUACUGGGCAGAGAAGGCAGCAGACUUUAAGUAUCGACACUUGCGCCAAAAGUUUGAUAAAAGUUUAGAGGAUUCGUAUAGGAGCCAGUAUAGGAGAGCACGGAGCACUUGGAUAGACUAGUUCAUGUAUCAGACUAACAUUAGGCAGCAGCAUUCAUACUUUAUUCAUGUUUUCUAGGUCUUGACCAGGUAAUCAGCACAAACAGUCGUUGACAUUGAUGUAGUAUACCCAUCUAGACUACUUCGCUAUUUCUGGGGGCCAUUUGGACAAUUUUGUUUUCUUUUUAUGUUGAAAUGUAUAGAUUACUUUAGUAUAUUUUUUGAACGAGGUAAGGUAGAUUGGGGUAUCUGUAACCCCGGUAUAAUUGUAGCCCCUACCUAUGGUAUCGAUUGAUAUCUCCAUGCAUCAAACAAUGCUGGGGCUAAAAAAAUAAACCGGGGCUACAAAUACCCCAUUCUACCUUGCAAGGUCUUCAUGUUUAGGUUAUUUUAAAGAUUAUUGUACAUGACCAUGUAUUGCAAUAGCUAAUUUAUUUAUCUUUAUAUUCUAGCAUAGUCAAAACUGAAUCCAUCCAUAUUGUUAGUUCGCGCUUAUUUUAAAUUUUGUAACCGUAUAGUGAGUAGUCGUGUUGAAUGUACUGCUUUUCAUAGUUUAAUACUGGUCGUGACAUACCUCAUCAUAUGAUUUAGACGUUGACCGUCAAAAUGAUAGUGAUUGAUUAGCUUUAACAGAGUCUUUCUAUACAGGGUUAGGUUGUAUAGAAAGACUCUGGCUUUAAUGAGCAUGUUUUAACCCUUUCUCAGUUAGUGUAUAUAGUUGUAUGGAAGGACCAGCUGUCCCAUACAAUACUGUGCAAGUUGCUCAUCAACACCACAAUUUAGAGUUUCAUUCAGUUGAACAUGAAAAAUGGAUCUCGUGUAACUUUUCCUAACUUCACAUAUCCUUGGUGUGAGCUGUAAACUGGAAUAUUUCGAAUUUGUGAUAGAAAAUAAAUGGUAAAAUCAGGACAGGUUUGAAAGCAUGAAGUCUCUCCCAACUCUUAUAAACCCAUUAUUUCGUAAUUUCCUUGGUAAGAAUAGAUGUCAUACAACACUUUGUUGGGCUGAGUCAGGGAGCUUUCAGGAGCUGGAGCUUCUGUUAUUGGUUUUACUAAAAUUAGGUGAAACAUGUUAAAUGAUAUUGAUUCUUUUAGAUUAUUAGGUUAUGCUAUUAAUUGUUACAUGAUUUCUCACGAUAAGUUUAUCAAAUUGUAAUUUAUUUCAAUCAGAUUGCGACGGUGAAAUGAUUGCAGGGUGUGCUUUAUUUAUGUCAUUUCAUAACAUUUCUAUCAAAUAUCGACCAGGAAUUUAUUUUUUACACUUUCAAAUAUCUAUCUGUAUAAAGCGGACAGAAACGCUGAUCUCGAGUUCAUUUUCCAGGUUGUCAUGACAUCCGUUUAUUCUGGGUGUCUUGGAACAAUCUCAAACUUACCAAGUUCAGUGAUCAGUCUCCAAUGUGCACUACUGGUCUCUACUCCGUGUGUAACAUAUGGUGUUUGUAUGUAAUAUACAUUGACUUAUCCUUGCCUGUGUAUUAACAGUGUCCUGGAGAUAGGCUAAUGAUAAAGAUUAUUCAUGUUUGUAUUUGAAACCUUGCGUGAAGUAUCUUUCCUUUCAUGAAACUGUUGAUCAUUGUGUUUUGAUUCUGUCAGGACAUCGAUAAAAUCAAAAUGUAAGUCAUUGUUUUGUUGUCAUCUCAAGAGAUAUUGGUUGUCAGUUUUAUAAAUCUUUAAUCCAUUAUUAUUCUGUAGGACAUAUAUUGUAAUAAAUUAUUACCAAGUUACAAGUA